UGUUUAUUUACUGGUAGAAUUAUAGUUUUAAGUUCUCUCACUUUCUCAAGAAAAUAAAUAAAAUAGAAAAGUGAACUCUCUCUCUCUCUGAAGAAUAGAAAAAUUGAAAAGGCGAAGGGUAAUGACCCAUUAGAUACUUCCUGCAAAAAAUUAUAUAGCGUCGAGAUCGGGUCUGGCCUUAGGGUUUCUCCUCUGAUUUAUCUCUUACUCUCUGUGUGGCUGUCAUAAACCCUAGAGAACUGCAACUACUCCUGGAGGAGCGUGGAGAUUGGAUAGAAAUUAUUGGAAGGUUAGGUUCUGAAGAGAACUUUGGUGGUUGAGGAUUUUUAGUUCAAUUUGAACAGGUAACGAUACAAGCCGAAAUGCCGGAGGAGGACCUGGUAGAGCUUAAGUUUAGAUUGUAUGAUGGAUCGGAUAUUGGUCCAUUCAGGUACUCACCGGCCUCCACUGUGGCUAUGCUCAAGGAGAGAAUAGUUACUGAGUGGCCAAAAGAUAAGAAAAUUUCUCCCAAGGCAGCAAAUGACAUCAAACUGAUAAAUGCGGGGAAAAUUUUGGAAAACAACAAGACUGUUGGGCAGUGUAGAGUUCCUUUUGGAGAGCUUCCAAAAGGGGUUAUUACCAUGCAUGUUGUAGUGCAACCAUCUUUAGCAAAAGCAAAAACAGGUAAAAAAAGUGGAUGAGGCCCCAAGGAAAAAUUUCUGUUCAUGUUCCAUAUUGUAAGAGAACAGCAGGGCGUUAAUGCAGGUUAAAGUUCGUGAGGUUGGCUUGAAUUUGCUGAGAUCUCAUGGCCUUGGACAUUGGUUGCUGGAAGAAAGAAAGACAAUAAUUUGUAAAAUGGUGCUAUCCCUCAGUGUCGCACCUUAGUUUUGAGCUCAUUCCUGUGUAACAAAUAUGUUGGUGAUGUAUUUGCGUUCUAUAAAAUGCGUGUUUCUGUAUUUCUAUAGCAGCUGUAGUCCUUUUUAUAAUUUAUUUUAUACAAGGCUUUUGGUUUGACACUUCAUUAGGCCGCAUAUCCUUAGUAGAACAUGCUAUAUUCGCCGCUUACUAUUGAUUACUGAUAUGAAAUAUUCAUCUUUGAGACCUGUUUUAUCAA